UUGUUUACAUGUCUGUUCUGUUCGUUGUCUCGUGGUUGUUUUGAAUUAUCCAGGGAUUUGUCUUUUUUCUUUCAGACUUUCGUUGCAGUUUUUUUCAUAUUUAUUUUAAUUUCUUGUUUUGAUACAGAACGUGAAAAUGUCCUCUUGGAAGAAAGCUGCAAAAAGCGGGUCGCGAGUUCAUCGUGAAAGGCAUCAGCCUGAAGACCGACAGCAUCUUGGUUUGUUAGAGAAAAAGAAGGAUUAUAAACUCAGAUCAAGAGCCUACCAUGUGAAGCAAAACAAGCUUAAAAAGCUGAUUAAAAAAGCCAUGAAUAAAAAUCCAGAUGAAUUCUGUUAUCACAUGAUUAAUUCAGAAAUGAGAGAUGGUCAACAUUAUGAGAAAGAAAAGCCAGAGGAACAUUCUGAAGCUCAAAUCAAAUUAAUGCACACACAAGAUGCUAACUAUGUAAAUUAUAAAUUAAGUACUGAAUUGAAAAAAAUAGAAAAACUUAAAGGGGCUGUGGCUUUAUUAGAUGUUGAAGACAGACCAAAAAAUACACAUACAUUUUUUGUAGAUUCUAAAGCCAAAGCAAAGAAAUUUGAUGUUUCAAAAGAGCUAAAUACACAUCCAGCUCUACUUGACAGAGCAUAUAAUCGACCUACAUUAGAUGCUUUGAAAAAUAUGAAACUUCAUGAAGCAUUAGAUGAAGAAUUCAUAACAAAAGCAUCGAAACACAGUAUCCAACAAUACAAUGAACUAAGUAAAAGAAUAGAAAGAGUACAAGAAUUAUCUGUUUUAAGUAGAAAAUUGGAAGUAAAAAAGAAAUUAACGAAUAAAAAUGAUCCUCCUGCAAGGUUACUGAAACCAGCUACAAAAACAAAUGCUCCAAUUUAUGUAUGGAAGAAAGAAAGGAAACGUUAAUAAAUAUUUGCUUAUUGAA